AGAAAAGAAACGCGAUGUUUCAGGCUCAGGUCAAGGACUGUCUUCUUCGAGAAGAUCCACAAGGUCUGGUGGCUCAGAUUCUCACUGAAGGACUGAGCAGCAUCACCCUCACCUGUCUGGACCAGGUGGUUACCGAGAAUCUCAGUGGAUCAGGUCUCAGCCGGGUCCAGGUCUUGUUGAAGUCUUUAGUGAUCCUGUCAGAGAAAACCGCCGAUCUGCUGACACUGAUCAUGUUUUGGUUCAGCACUGUCCAUGACCUCCUGACCUCUGACCUCCAUAAAAACUCCACUGUCCUGUUGGACCUCACAGAGUCCUUCUAUGACUACUUCCUGCUGCUGACUCCACCCCUUUUACAAGUGUCUCAGGUGUCUGCAGUUCUUCUUCAUUUGGCUGAGAUGGGUCUGGACACUCAGAUCAGCUUCAGACUCAGACUAGAGGCAUUCCGAACCUUUAACAACAUCUUGGACUCUCUGAGCAGCGACAAGAGGAAGCGCGUCCAGACGUGCCAGAACCUGAACCUUAUGUUGACCCGGGUGGCAGCGGCAGUCCUGACUGUUGGAGGUGAGUGUGGUGUUUGUGGUCUGGUUCAGCAUGGGUCUGGUACUGAUGUCUGUGCUGCUGUUUCAGACUAUGAGCUGCAGGUCAGCCUAUCAGAGACUCUCUGUCGCCUGACACCCAAGAAGGACAGACGUGUACGAGCCAAUCAGUGGUUCUCCAGUGCCGACGUGGGCCAUGCCUUCUCUACCAUCAGGAAUGGAGACUUCGAGGUGGACUGCAGGCGUUUCCUGAACUUUGCUAACAGUUACCAAGGUGACCAGAGGGUUUACACCUUCCCCUGUCUACGGGCCUUUCUGGACUCCACACAGGUAAGACCAUCUGAACCAAACCCUGGGCAUGUUCAGCUUAUUCACUCAAUUCUUCUUCAGUUGUUUUGUCCAAAAGACGACAAAUGGGAUGAAUUCUGGAUCGACUUUAACCUGGGCUCGGAGUGUGUGAGCUUCUUCAUCGACAACCCUCAGAGUUUUCUUUGGGGGUCCAUCCACCUUUUAAGGGAGGAGGUGGAGCGUUACAGCCUGAACAUCAAACACCCCAAAUGCGCCGAGAUGGAGAUGGUACUGAGUGUGUGGCUGAACAAUCCCAUAAUGCACCAGAACACAACCGGACAGAAAGUGGAGCUGAUCUUUAGCUCUGAACUCUACAGACCGGUGGAGGCAGCAUUGGGGAAGGUGUUUAAGGUGCAAACACCUGAAAACGUCAAAGUGAAGAACCACUCCAGCCUCUCCGACUCCAGUGGUUCAGUCCAGAUGUGUGCUACUAAAUCCAACCUGAGAACCUACAAAAGGAAGAAACCAAAGAAGGGGGAGUUGAAGGUGUUGCCUCUGUCAUCUCCCAGCAGCAAUGAAGAGUUCAUCACCAAGUCUUCAGAUUUCAGCAGAGCAGAGUUUCUCUUCGAUCAAAUCAAACACUCGACGCUAACCUUCAACUCAGGCAUUUCUGUGGAGGGGGCGGGACCACUCUCCUAUCUGAGCCAAUCAGGAAGUAGCCCAGUGAAGGACGUCAUCUCUGGCAGGAAGAGAACGUUUCCACACUCAGGUGACCUGUUGGCAUGUACUGUGGACACACCUACUCAUAGGAGGAAGGAGGAGGAGCCUGUGUAUGAAGGGGAGGAGUCUAAUAAAGCACUGUCAGAGGCAUGUUCACCAGACAGGAAGGAGACACCUGAUAGAGGGGCGGAGUCAUCUGGUAUAGGGGUGCAGCCAGAUUCAGACCUUAUGUCAGGAAUCAGAACUGUCUUCAGAACCUUCACAGAACAACUGGAACAGCACUUUGAUAUUUGCAGACAGAAGGUCGAAGCUGAGGCUCUACAGUCACAGAAACAAUGUCAACAACAUGUCUCAGCUCUGCUCACAGCUGUCAAUCAACACAGGUCAGUGCAGUUGCAGAUGUUUCAAAACAGCAUCAAUUAUCAACUGGAGCAACUUCAGGAAACAUCAACCAGACUGAACUCCAUCAGUGAAAACCUACUGAGUUUGUUUCAAUCUGAGGAGCAGCGAGUAAACUCCAUCUAUGAAGAGUUGCAGCUCAGGUUGAAAUCUCUGAAGGACACUGAGUCAGGGGCUGGACAUCCAUCCAGCCAAUAAGGGAGGAACAUCAAGAACAAGCUGAUCCUAGUUUUUGUUUGUGUUAAACCUGUACAGAGUUGAAUGUAAGGUGUAACAUUUGUGUAACUGUGUUAUUAUGACAUUUACACACUUACAGAUAAUGAAACUACCA